GCCAAUUUCUAAUCCUCUUUAUAAACCUCACUUCCUUCAUCUUCAAUGGAAGCCAGAAUCAUCCUCCAAAUUCAAAUCCCUUGGAACCCUAAUCGCCGAUUCUUUCGUCCUUCUCCACAUCUCCAGCGUUUUAUCAGAGCUUCUUCUUCUUCUUCUUCGUCAUCAACCUCACAAAGUUACAGAGGUCCGAAACCGAGUAAAAACUUGGUAGCCGAUUUCAUUUCGAGAAACGAUGACUUGGCUCGGAGCUUACCUAUCUACGUCGGAGGCGCUUCUCUUUUGGCUGUUCUCUUCAAUCGUACUGUUUCCGGUAUCGCUCCUGUCGCCGAUGCUAGCAGCUCACAGUCUAGAGCAGAUCUAUUGGCGCUUGGCUUGGCUGUAACCAAUUUAUUGACCGGUUUAGUUUGGUUAUCGAUUCGGCCUAAGUCCAUUACACCUGUUAAUCCUGAAGGUGUGGAAUGCAAAGUUGUAGAAUCUGAUCUUCCUACAUCGAUAGUUUCCGAAUUGUUAUGGGCGUGGGAAUCUCUGAAGGUAGCAACAUGUUGUAAGUCUCUAGUAAUUGUCUACGAUGGUAUUUGUCUUAUACAAAUUGGGAUGGUUGCUGAAUCUCCAGAAGAUAAGAAAGGAGUCAUUGUAAAUACUGAUAAGCUGAUGCAAGGAUCGGUUUACCGAGGGGUAAUGAAAUCCAAAGCACAGAGUUACUUGGCCAAUCUUUCUCUAUAUCCUGGGAGAUCAGAGCUGCCAUUUCUGCCUGCAAAUACACAGGCCGUAAUUUUGCAGCCGCUUGGUGAUAAAGGAAUCGCAGUCAUUGGCGGAAACACAAUUAGAGGCUUCACGUCUUCAGACCAGGCUUGGAUUUCUGCAAUUGGGGAGAAGCUAGAUGCCACAUUGGGGAGAUAUUUUAUUAAUUCCGCUGAGGUUUCCCAGGAAAAAGAUUGAAUGCAAUCAGACCGGGAAAACGGAAAAAAAAGAAGAUAUAAUCAUCUUAUGAGAAAACAUUACAAGUAUCAAUCACUAAAGGUAACGUACCAUCCCUUUGGUUACACAAUGUCGAAAUGAAUGUAAAAUAGAUUAGCUUAGAGUUUAUGUAUUACAAUGAAUCUUCUUCUCAAGCUAAAAGUUUUGAAGUAUUGAGUCAGAUAAA